AUCAUAUAAGGAUCGUUUCAACCCUGCCCGGAACUUUUCUUUGGUUGCAUUUGCACAGGGAAGACUAAUAAUGUAGCGACCAAACGUUAUCGUGCGGUCCCCUAAACGCGUGUUAUCAGAAUCAGAAUAGGAUUUUAUUCGCAAAGUAUGUUUUCACACAAAAGGAAUUUGUUUCCGGCCGUUGUGAAAAGUUUGUAGGAAUGAAACACUGAAGGUGAACGUUUGUUUUCAAAUGCUAUAUUGAGGCAGCGGAUUUAAUCUAACGGCUCACUUCGUUUGUGCGGUUUUGACAAAUCCGCCUCUGCUCCCGGGAGUGAGUCUGUUUCUGUUGUCUUUUACAGUAUUUGGGGGGCAGGGUCCACUGCCUUUCUUUGGCCAACGUUUGCUCGUAUCAGCACUGUUAGCUGGGUACGGCUUUAGAAAGAGCAUUUAACCGAUUCCGAUUUCUACUUGGUGCCACCGAGUGUAGAUAGUUUCAGCUGUCACAGUUAUUUCUGCAGGCUAGCCAAGUAGGAGAGUCAGUGAAUAUGGUGUUCUUCACUUGCAACGCGUGUGGUGAAUCCCUGAAAAAAGCUCAGGUUGAUAAACACGUUAGUAUGUGCCGGGGGUGCCAGGUCCUGUCCUGCAUCGACUGUGGAAAAGACUUCUGGGGGGGUGACUACAAAAGCCACAUUAAAUGCAUCAGUGAAGAUCAGAAGUAUGGAGGCAAAGGCUACGAAGCGAAAGCAAGCAAAGGUGAUAUGAAACAGCAGCAGUGGCUCCAGAAAGUCCACGAAGCCAUGAACAAACCCGGGGUCAGUGCAAAGUUAAGAGAUGUGCUUCAGCAAGUCAGUACUUACGAUAACGUACCCAGAAAGAAGGCCAAGUUUCAGAACUGGAUGAAAAACAGUCUUAAAAUAGUCAACCCCAGUCUACAGGAGGAAGUGUGGAAUAUACUCUCUACAGCUGAUAAUGCUCCAGAGGCCACACAGCUGAAUCAACAGACAAUGGCAGCUAAUGGAAAUGAGUCUUCAAAUGACCACCUAAUUGAGGAGGAGGAGAAGAAGAAAAAGCUGAACAAACAGGAGCGCAGAGAAGCCCGCCAGCAGAAGAAUAGGAAUGCCAUGAAAGGUGCCGGAAAUAUAGUCUCACGAGAGCCGGAACAAGACGAGGGGGGCAAAAAGAAAAAGGACAGAAAGAGAAAGCAGUGCACCGAGGAAGAUGAAGAGCAGAACAGCCGUCGCACUCAAAAUGAAACAUCAAGCAAGAAAACAAAGAUUGAUGAAGCAACAGAGGAUGCUGAUGAGCUCACUCCAGAGGAGACUGAGGAUCAAGCUGUUACUAAAGGCAAAUUUAACUGGAAGGGAAACAUCAAGGCAAUACUGAGAGACUCACCUGACCAGGAAAUGUCAGUGAAGAAACUCAGGAAGAAGGUUUUGGCUGCCUACUACUCUUUCACUGGUGAUAGGAAUUUUAAGACGGAGGAGGAAGUGCUAGCACUUUUCAACAAGAAGAUCAACAAAAAUCCCAAGCUUAGAGUUUUGAAAGACACGGUUAGACUUGUAAAGUAGGCUUGUUCAUCUUCUGCUUUUAACAUGUAAUGCAUAGAGUUUAAAAAUUUAAAUGCAGUUCUCGUCUGUCAUCCUACUUUUUUUUUAUGCAGUUGACUUGUUCUUGAAGAUAAAAUAUUUUUACUUCUGAA